GAUCCACACACUCCACUCCGCGUCCACACUGCAAAUGAAUCACGGGUCCGUUGAACACGAACGGGCUUACAGAGCCGGAUGUUACUCCUCUAUUCUACAACCUCAUGUAGAACUACGUGUAAAUGGUAGGAUAUGGCCAUUUCAACCUCAACAACGUAUCUGGACAGCGGCUGAUAGCGUCUGAAGAUGAAUGAACAAGCUAUUUCCUUCACCAAGGACUUCUUGGCUGCUGGUAUUGCCGCUUCCAUCUCUGAAACAGCUGUAGCUCCCAUCGAGAGAGUCAAGCUUCUUCUCCAGGUACAACAUGCCAACAGACAGAUUGCAGUCGACAAGCACUACAAGGGCAUGAUUGACUGUGUCAUUCGUAUCCCUAAAGAGCAGGGCUUCCUCUCUUUCUGGAGAGGGAAUCUGGCCAAUGUCAUCCGAUACUUCCCCACUCAGGCCCUCAACUUUGCUUUCAAGGACAAGUACAAGAAGUUUUUCCUCGAUGGCGUGGACAAGAACACACAGUUCUGGAGAUACUUUGCUGGUAACUUGGCAUCUGGCGGUGCUGCUGGAGCUACCUCGCUCUGUUUUGUCUAUCCCCUCGACUUCGCCAGAACACGUCUCGCCGCUGACGUCGGCAAAGCAGGCCACGAGCGUGAGUUCAAAGGUCUGGGUGACUGCUUGGUGAAGAUCUUCAGGUCUGAUGGCCAUAAGGGUCUGUACCAGGGUUUCAAUGUUUCAGUACAGGGCAUUAUCAUCUACAGAGCUGCUUACUUUGGCGUCUACGACACCACAAAGGGCAUGCUUCCGGAUCCCGAGAACACACACAUUAUAGUGAGCUGGAUGAUUGCUCAUACUGUAACUACCGUCGCCGGCCUUGUGUCCUACCCCUUCGACACUGUCCGUCGUCAUAUGAUGAUGCAGGCUGGACGUAAAGGAGCUGACACAAUGUACACGGGCACCCUUGACUGCUGGAAGAAAAUUGCACGUGAUCAGGGUGGCAAGGCCUUCUUCACGGGAGCCUGGUCUAACGUGCUCAGAGGCAUGGGUGGUGCCUUUGUGCUUGUCUUGUAUGACGAGCUUAAGAAAUACAUCUAA